AGAGGAGGAGGAGGAGGCGAGGAGCAUGAAGGCGCUCACAGCCCCGCAGACGAAGGAGCGCGCGGCCGCGAUGGACGGACUCACGAGCACGGCGGCGUUCAACACCAGCCACACCGACAGACCCACGAACCAUUGUCUGCACAACGACUCCUUCAAGUACCACGCCUACACCGCCACCUACAUGGUGGUGUUCCCCGUGGCCUUCCUCAGCAACAUGGUGGCCAUGGUGGUCUUCUUACGGCAGCAGCAGAUCAGACUCAACGCCUGCAGGGUGGUCAUGAUGAACCUGGCCAUCUCGGACUGGAGCUUCUCCCUGACCCUCCCGCUCAGACUGGCGUACUACUUCCAGGGUACACGCUGGAACUUCCCGGACUGGCUGUGCCGCCUGUGCACCUUCGGCUUCUACGUCAACCUGUACAGCAGCAUCCUCUUCCUCACCCUCCUGAGCGUGCUGCGCUGGGCUGCGGUGGCCAAGCCGCUCAAGCACCGCUCUAACGUCAAACCCGGGUGGGUUUCACUCGUCUGCCUCGCCAUCUGGCUGUUUGUGGGCCUGACCUCUAUACCCUUCCUGUCUGAGGGAGUGGUCCAAAGAGACGGCGUUCCUCGCUGCUUCGAGCCGUCCAACAACUCGUCCUGGUGCCGGAUCAGCAUCCUGAACUACCUGGGUCUGGUCUUCGGCUUCCUGCUGCCCUUCCUCACCAUCGUCACCUGCUACGUGGUGAUCAUCCGCCGUGUCACGUCCCCCGGCUUCCCCCAACGCUCCAACAGGGCGCGCUCGAGCUCCCAGAAGACGGUGACCUUGGUCUCCAUGGUGAUAGUGACCUUCCUGUUCUGCUUCCUGCCGUACCACCUGGUCAGGACGCUGCACCUGCACUCCAUGUGCAGCGACUGGAGCUGCGCCGUCAAGGUGCCGCUGCAGCGCGCCGUGUCCAUCACGCUCUGCAUGGCGGCGUCCAACAGCGUGGUCAACCCGCUGCUCUACUACUACUCCACCAAGACGUUCAGGGCCAGUGCCAGGACGCUCAGCUCCUCCUUCGUGUCCACCGUGGGGGAGUCCUUCAGGAGGGAGUCCAUCAGGGGGGGGUCCAUCAGGAGGGGGUCCAUCCGGAGGGAGUCCAUCAGGGUGGAGUCCAUCCGGAGGGAGUCCAUCAGUAAAAAGUUAAUCCGACAUAAACAUAGUGAAGAUUCAAACACAGCAUGAUGCUGGUCAGCUGGGAGAGAGGAACUGCUCACCAUCUGCAGGGAGACCCCGCCCCCUACAGGCUGGGAGGAGAACUGCAGCAGCACUUUGGGAAUGUGAUGUUUUUGUUUAGAAGCUGAACUUUACGGUGAUCUCUGAAGAAGAUCAGAAGUUCUGAUCCAUGAUGAAGGUUUUCUGUACAUAUGUGACUCAUUUACAGUCUGGAGCUCUACCAGAACUCUGUCAGAACUCUGUCAGAACUCUGCCAGAUGUGAGUUCUGCUGCUCCAGGACGGGAUUCUUCUGAGCAGAUGUUCGAUUCUAAUGAAGAUUUUUAGACUGA